AUGGAAAAUAUAAAAGAAGCGGAGAUAUCGUUAAGAGGUGUACUGGAAGGAGGUCAUAGUGAUUGGGUCACUUCAGUUUCAACACCCACUGACACAAAAUUAAAAACCGUUGUUAGCGCUUCAAGAGAUAAAAAGCUAAUAGUGUGGAGUAUCAACCCCGAUGACGAUUCGGGAGAAAUCGGAAUGGCUAAAAAAUCAUUAACCGGUCAUUCUCAAGCUAUCAAUGAUGUUUCUAUUUCAUCAGAUGGUUUGUUUGCAUUGUCUGGUUCUUGGGAUCACUCAGUUCGUUUAUGGGAUUUAUCUCUAGGAGAAACGAUUAGAUCAUUUAUUGGUCAUACGUCUGACGUUUUUAGUGUUUCAUUUAGUCCAGACAAUAGACAGAUCGUUUCAGCUAGUAGAGAUAAAACAAUUAAAUUAUGGAAUACUUUAGCACAAUGUAAGUAUACCAUAACAGAUGAACAACAUACCGAUUGGAUUACAUGUGUUAGAUUUUCCCCAUCUCCAAAACAGGCAAUUAUUGUAUCCUGUGGAUGGGAUAAAUUAGUUAAAGUGUGGAAUUUAAAAAAUUGUGACUUAAAUAAAAACUUAGAAGCACACACAGGUGUUUUAAACACAGUUACUAUAUCUCCUGACGGUUCAUUAUGUGCAUCCGGAGGAAAAGAUGGAGUUGCCAAAUUAUGGGAUGUUAAUGAGGGAAAACAUUUAUAUUCUUUAGAAACUGGAUGUACUAUAAAUUCACUCUGUUUUUCUCCAUGUGAUUAUUGGUUGUGUGCAGCAACAGACAGAUUUAUAAGAAUAUGGAACUUAGAAAGUAAAUUAAUAAUUUCCGAAAUAUAUCCUGUUAAGCAGUCCAAAGUAGGUUUGCCUUGGUGUACAUCCAUUACAUGGUCAGCUAAUGGUCAACUCCUAUUUUGCGGUUCCACUGAUGGAAACAUUUACGUUUAUGAAGUUAAAAAGCAAUCCAUUUAA